AUGGAAUGUAACCCUACUAUCUCUGGCGAGCGCGGUGAGCGGCAAGGCGUACCAGGCGUUCUGCAGUCUCACUUCCUGGACAAUUAUCUGGCACAGGUGCCACCGUCUGCUUUAACAUUAGUUGCUUCCACCCACAGCGCGCCCUCUCUCAACCUCUCGCUCGCUCUGUUCUACUCUUUACCCCCCAUCUACAUGUCCACCUCCAAAGCGAUGUCCAGCUCUUCCCAGUAUGCGCCUCUUCCGCUACACGACGAUGGUGAGGGCUCCAGCUCCGCUCUUGAGAAGCGCUCCUUCUCCGAGGAUGACCACUGUGCCCCCUUGCUGAAAGCCUCGGACAACCUCCCCGCCCACGAAACAUCCAAGCCCUCUCCGCUGCCCCAGCUCAUCUUCUACUUCUCGUUCGCCCUAGCGCUGUUAUCGGCCGUGAACAUUGCUCUCUUUCCCACUACACUAUCAAAGUACCAGGCCUACCCCUUUUCUGACUCCGAACUCGAGGCUCUCCCCUAUGGCGACGCUAGACUGGGGCUGCACAGGGUAGCGGAAUCCAUCCCCCCUCCCCUGGUCUACCACCACGCUUGGCCAGAUAGAAUUGCACGGGUGAGUCGGAAGCUGAAGGAUGCCGUGUGGGGACAGGGUGUGCAGGUUUAUGUUACAGUCGAGGACUCUACAAUCAUGCGCUUCCCUAUUCCCUCCAACGGCGUCAAUGCCUGCGCGCUCUCCUGGCGGCCGCCUCCCGAGUUUUCUGCGCGUGUGAACGACAUCACCACCAAGGGGGAUGUAACGGAAAUUGAAGUCUGGCAGCUUAUUGCACCCUCGGCCACUUCAUCCACCGUCUCUUUCAGUAUGGACGAGCUCGAUUAUGACACAUUAUCAUACUCGACCCUUCCUGUGCGCGGGGAGUUGCUCGGCGUGCUGGAUCUCACAGCCAAGCCAAACAGCACAACAGUGGAGUUCGCCUGUCCCAGCGGAGCGGAGAGUCUAGUAGUAGAGAUGAGGUGCCAGCGCGUGGCAUGUCAUCACUUUGAUUACCGCGCCACGGCCCAAUUCACCUGGGUCGACGGGCUGUGA